GUUUUACCAAGUUAAAUGAAUCAGUCAUUUAUUGUCGAAUCGUCCUGCUUUAUUAAAACUAAUUAAAGCUGAAACUGAAAGAUUCCUUUUAUGAUUGUUUGACCAGAGUCACAACUUUUUUGUAUUGUCAUGUGGUUGUCACUGCAUUUUCAAAGGAGAGAGUGGAGUCUACUAGUACUUUUACUGAUGGUUUUUAAAUUCAGCUAUGAACAAGGCUGUGGUGAGCCACCAGAUGUCCCUGAAGCAGAGCCAAAGCUAGAGGGAAGAAGGCCUCCUUAUGCUGUUGGAACAAACAUUACAUAUUCUUGUUUUUUGGGGUUUAACCUUCAUGGAGAAAGUGUUGCUUAUUGUGUGAUGAAAGAUGGUACUGCCCAGUGGUUACCUCUUAAUAUGAAUUGUGAUCCUGUAUUGUGUGGUGACCCAGGUUAUGUAUUGAAUGGAAGACAACUGAGCCAUGUAUACACAUUUGGAAAUAAUGUCACCUAUGUGUGUAAUCCUGGAUUUGAGCUGGCAAAUGACAGAGGACCUACAGGCAAGGAAAGUUAUACCUUGUGGUGUCUUCCAAAUGGGAACUGGGACAAACCUGCUCCACAGUGUGUUGCAAUCAAGUGUCCUCCCCUAGAAAAUCCAGAAAAUGGGGCUGUUAUAUAUAAGGAACGGACGUACAGGGCAAACGCACAGUAUACUUGCAGUGAGGGUUUUUCAUUAAAUGGACCAGAAGAAAGAAGUUGCCAAGAAGACAGAAAAUGGAGUGGUUCAGAUCCAUCUUGUACAGAAAUAACUUGUCCUGAGCCUGUUCUUCCUGGAGGUCGCAUUUAUGAUAUCUCAAAAAAUAACUACAAGGUUGGAAGUCUAAUCAUCUACAUUUGUAAUGAAGGAGGAGAAAAAACCAAAAACUGUGAAAUGCCAAGGGAAUGGAUCUUGGAAUAGAAAUCCUCCAGUGUGCCCAGUUAGUAGUAGUAGUAGUAGUAGCAGCACCACCACCAGUUCAUCCACAGUGUCAUCAUCUUCAGUUGAUCCCACUCAAAUUGCAGCUACCAUCAACGAAACUAAUAAUAACAUAUCAAAAGUACAAUGUGGAGAUCCUGGAGAAAUCAACAAUGGAUUUCACAAUGGAGGAAACACUUUUCCAGUUGAUCAAGUGGUAACAUAUCAAUGUAAAGCAGGCUUUUCUCUUCGUGGCAAUGCAAAGCUAAAAUGUUUACCAACUGGUUUUUGGGACGUAAGCAAGCUACCAAUCUGUGUGGAACCAGUGCCAAUUGGAAUCAUCAUUGGUGUAGUAAUUGGUUGUCUUUUCCUCUUUGGAUGUUUAAUUAUUGGAGGAGUAUUUUUGUUUCGUUGGUGUAAGAAGAAAUACUGCAACCCAGGAACACAAAGUAACCAUGGCAAUCCUGGAGGUAACCGUAAAGCCAAUCCCACUGAUGCUGGCAACGUGGAUGAAAUUCAACAUCUUGGUUCAGAGAAGUUUGUGAAUUACCCUGUUACAGCUCUUUAGUUCAUAACAAUGAAUGGAUCAACAAAGUUCACCCAUUAUGUAAUUCUCAUUUGGCCAGAUGCAAGAGCACCUAGUCAUCAGGCAAUGGUAGAUUAGAGUGUUGUAUUCUCUGCUUACUUGUGGCCAACUCCAGUUGCUCUUGUAUGAGAUGGCCUUUUGGAAUAAGAAUGGGACAUAAACUCCCACAGAUGUAUUGAGAUUGGUCUGUAAAUAUUAUUUCUCUGUAGAAGUUCAUCCCACUGUCACAUUGUACCUAUGUAGACUGUGUAUUGUGUGUUUUUUUUAAUCAUUUUUUUUGGUACUCAUUUCUGCUAAGACUAGUUUGCAUUUUUCAGAAGAUACUGUUUUCAAGAGUAUAGGUUCUCAUAAGAGAAAACUGUAGUAAUAGACAUAACCAGGACAAACAAAACCUGUCAAUGUACUUGAAAUACAAAUAACAGAAGUGUGUUAGGAAAUGAUUAAGUAUAUGUAUUGUGCCAUGGGUGAGAAAGUGCAAAAAGUUUUAUUUAAAUAUCUAUAAGCAUAAUUCAUAUAGCAUCAUCUUUUUUUGUAGAUUUUUUAAAUUCAGUGCAAUUUAUUUCAACAUCAAGCAAACCUUGUAAAACUUUAAUCAUUUUUUUAUAUCACUAGGGAUUGAUCUAGUUCCAAGAAAGUUAGGAAUACAAUAUAUAUAGUUCACUUAAAAUGAAGCUUGCUAGUUUUCUUUGAAAUAAUACAAUUUUUUAGGGUUAAUAAAGAGCUAAAAACAAUGGAACUUUUUUUUCUGAAAACAGAUUUAUGAAAAUACAAGAAAAAAACUUUAAUAGGUGAUAAGUAAUAGAAUACUAAAAACUAUUCUUAAGACCCGAUUACAUGUGCUUAGUUUGUUGUAAACUCUUAAGAAUUGUUAAUAGGUCAAUCCUUGAUUUUUUGAUUAUUAAAAAAUAUGAUAAUGGUAAUAAUGCUAUUAUUUAUUCCUACUUACAUUUCUAAAAUUAACAUUCAUAUUUACUAUAUAAACCCAUAAAUCAAUCCUUGGCACCAUAAUAUCAGUUAUUUAAGAACAUUAAAACUACACAAAAGAAAGCCUAUUUAUUGCAAUAAUUCAGUUUCAACUUUAUGUGGUAUGAUUGCAAUUAAAUUAUCAUAACAAUGAGACCCGUGUUGCUGUAAAUAAAGGGUAGUAUUUAGGCCACUCUGUGAUAAUUUAAUUGCAGACUAUUCAGAAUGGUAAAACUAACUCAAAUCCAAAUGCUUGACUGCAAGAAUUUUGAUAUUAAUGUAUGAUGAAUUAUUAAGCUACAAAAAUUAUUUAUAUUCACAACUUUAAUGUUAUCAUUACCAAACUGCAAGGAAGUAUUCAUAGUAUUAAUUCUGAAUAGGUUUGUUUAGAUUAGUCUUUCAAAGUAUUACUAAUAGUUUACAAACUAAAAAUUUUUAACACAAUCAGGGAAUAAAAGACAGUACUCACUAAAACCAAGAAGUUUCUUUAGUUAAAACAGUCCUACCUCUUAUGGACCAACAGUCUCUAGUUCCAGAUCUGUUUUGAGAUUUAUUUCAUUAUUUUGUCUUGUAUUUGUGGAGAUGUAUGUAUGUAUUAUGCCAUAUCAUUAAAAGGUGUGUAUUAAUAAUGUAGUUUCUGUUAGAGCAAAAUGACUAAAGAACAAAAAAGAGCUCUUUGUCUUAUUCACUUGAGGUUAUAAGUUAUGUUAAACUUCUAGUGCUGUUCACACUUAAUGAUAGUGGUAAAUUCAAAUGUUAAAAGUUCUGAGUAAAAGUAAAAUGUAUAUUGAAUUAUGAUUGCUAAAAGUACAGCAACAAUAGAUAUUUGAUUGAAGUAUGUGGAUAAGCCAAAUUAUGAGGUAUAAUAAUGCAUUACAUUAAUUUUCUAGUAGUUUAUGAGCUAAUUUAGUUUUUGUUUUUUAAACUGACUAGUUAAAAACCCUAUUUGUGGUGAUUUCAUGUUUCAAAAAUGCAUUUGCAUUGUAAAUGUAAUGUACUAAUCUCUUGAAAAGUGAGAUUUUUUGAAGAAAAUAUCAAAAUAUUUUGAAUCAUAAGAGCUCUAUUAUUGUUGUUUUACUAAAUUUAAAUCACUUACUAAAACAGCAAAUUUUUCACCAUAAUUUUACUAUAAUUGUGACUUGCAUAGACUUUUCACUAAAUUUUGAAUAAUUUUAUAAGGCUAAAAUUUGAGUUUCAGUACCUGUGGUGAGCACAGCACAGAUAGUCCAUUGUGCAGCUUUGUGCAUAACAACAAAACAUAAACUGUGAAACUAAAAUACAGGCCUGGCAGUGCCAAGUGGUUAGGGCACCCAACUCGUAAUCUGAGGGUCCCGGGUUCAAAUCCCCGUCCUGCCAAACAUGCUCACCCUUUCAGCCGUGGGGGCAUUAUAAUGUGACGGUC